UACAUACUGAACUCAGGGGAUAGAAACAAAGUAUCGAUUUGAUACCAAUAUGGGCAUCGGUUACUAUGGGCUACUAUCGAUACUGGAUUAUUUCACCACCUCCAGUGUCUGAGCCGCUUCUAUAAACGGACCGUGGGAGCGUCACGCUGAUAAACACGUGGCACACUCGAGGUUAAGUUGCGUUUAUGUAACGGAGCAGCAGGAGCGAACAGCACCUCCUCCUGCUUUCCCUGCCCGCGGCCUCCCGGAAAUAGAGAUUCGCGUCAUAGGCGACGGUCCCCGGGCUGUCUGAUGAAAUCUCUCAGCGGACGGACGGACGAAGGGACGAAGGAAGCUGCUCUAUAUCCGGAGACCGCAGCAGUAUUACCGCCGGGAGGAGUCCGGAGAGCACCGCAGAGUGAUUAUAAUGCGGAGAAGUGCUGCUUUGGUUCGAGUAUUUGAAUCCGUAUCCGCCUCCGGGGAACUAACCGUCAGGCUAAGUAGCUGCUAGCGCUGAGCUAACGUGCUAAGCUAACCGGAGCCCCGCCGCAGACAGAAUGGCCCGUUGCUGGUCUCCACACCCGGUACUCUUCGUGUCUCAGCACUCAGGUUUCUCCCCCUCCGUCCGCACAGAGUUCUCCACAAGAAAGAAGCACCACUGUCAGCAGAGCACCGCGGCCCGCGCCGGGCUCUCGGACCUCGGAUCCUCCCGCAGCUGUAGCCGGUGUGUGUGGCGGGCGGAGUAGGCGGGAUGAGUUGUUGGAUUAGCGGCUAACGUGCUAACAGCCUGUUCGUAUUGAAGUUGUUCGCACUUUAUACUGAGGACAUGUUCAGAAAUAUGAGCGAUGAAGGACGUUCAAUGGGCGGGAGGAGCCCUUCCUCCUCCUCCUCCAUGCCGGCGCUGGACAGCCAGGAAAGUUCGUGGAUCGGUCUGCUGUCCAGGCCCGCGAUUGCACUGGUGGAGAAAAUCCGGAACCGAACUCUGAAAAGCAGCUUGGUUACCGAGGAGAGCGAAUUUCUGAGCCCGCUGGAGGACGUGCAGUUCGGGCCUCCCCACCUGUCCUACCUGCAGUGUGAGCCCCGAGGCCCGGGGGCUCUGCCGUGGCUCUCCGCGGACUCACUGCGGGAAAUCGGGCUCCAGAACGGGGCAGAGGUGGACCUGAGUCUCUGCCAGCAGACCCAAUUCGGAUACCUGUCCUCGUUCCGGGCUGUUCUGGGCCACAUGCUACUCAGUUCUCAGGAAGUAAAACCCCCGGGGGGGCAGAGCUGGUCCAGCAGGCCACGGUGGGACAGCUUCUGGGGGGGCAAGGAGGGCUCAGAGAGGGGGCAGCUGUCCCGCGGGAUGCUGGGAGAAAACACUGGAGCCAGCGACCACAAAGAGCAGCUGGUGAACAAUGGAAGCCCCCCCACAGUCCAGAACGCUGUGGCAGACCGCCAGCUCAGCAUCAGAGAUCCACAGAACUGCUCAGGAUCGGCCGCAGCCUUACCCGUGACCCCCGAGCAGGACAAUGGGUACUCCAGCCUGGAGGAGGAGCACCUGUCCGGUGUGACGUCUGCCAGUGCAGAGCCUCCGCCACCACAGGAGACUGACGGGAUGGAGGAGGUGGUGCUUGCCGUCCCGCAGUGCCAGAACAAAACCAUCAACUUCAUCAUGGGUGGCCCCUGCAGUGAGGACGAGGACAGCCAAUCAGAGGAGUCAUCCUCUGAUGAUGAUGAUGAUGAUGAUGAUGAUGAUGAUGGCUUUGACAGCGAGGGGUCCUCUGAGAUGUCUGAUAGCACUGAUGAUGAUGAUGAUGAUGGUGAUGAGGAUGAUGACAGUGAGGCAGAACUGGAGGCGGAACGUUUGUGGCGCUCUCUGUGCCACAGUGAGGACCCCUACGACCCCCGAAACUUCACCGCCCGCCUGCACACGGGUGUCACUACAUCUCGUGCCAUCCCUGUCUCCACGUCACCAUCCUCUGCUCAGUCCUCCCCCUCCUCCUCUCCUCCCUCCAGCAUGGACACAUGGGAUGACUCGGCGUCUGCGAGCGAGGCGGACGAGGAGAGCCUCCGCCUGUGGGACUCCUUCAGCUCCUCCUCCGACCCCUUCAACCCACUCAACUUCCAGGCUCCCAUCAGAACCCGUGAGUCUGCCACGGCGAGGGCCGGGAAGACCUCCGCCUACCGCCGCUUCCGCCAAGAGUCUCCACCCAAGUACAGGAAGGAGGAGGCGGAGGACCGGAUGGACAGCGGCUUCUGUGACACCUCUGCCCGGAACUGCUGCUCCACGAAAAAGGUUCGUUUCUGUGACGAUGUAGAGGAAUUCUUCGCCAGCUGUGGGGAGGAGGAGGAGGACCGGCGGGGCCCAUGGGAGGAGCUUGCCCGAGAUCGCUGCCGCUUCCUGCGGCGCUGCCAGGAGGUGGAAGAGAGCAUCGCUUACUGCCUGCAGCCGCAGCACCGCCGCCGCGUAUACGAGCAGCUUGCCGCCCUGCCGCGAUGAGGCGUGCUCCUCAGGAUGUUUGUCUGGUGGCGGUCCCGAGGCCGAGCCCAGCUCCACUGUGAGGAAGAACAGCGCUGGGUUCUUCAUUGUUUCUGAGCCUCAUCAUCAGCUUCCUGCUUCCUACCACAAACCCAUGAACACCACAAAAGAAGAGAGGUCCAGACGCUGCAUGUCUGGAAACCCGAUCAGUGUUAAUGUGUCCGAGCAGUGAGGAUGAGGAGGAUGAUGAAGGCUCCCGCCUCUGAUUAACCAAUAAAACGUCCCCGUCUGCAGCAGCUGUGCGUCCAGCUGUUUCCAGUGUUUUCACUCUGAAACCAAAGAAGAAGAGUUUGUGUUUGCGUGUUUGUGUGUGAGAGAGUUCACCUGUCACAUGGGCAAACCUCCCCCAGACUCACUGAUAAUCAAUACUGAGUUUUCCUGAUCACUGUGUAUUAACCCUGCGUGUCCAGCUGGAGGCGCUCUUGGUCCCCCUUCUUGUAAUUCAGACUGGACAGAAACGGCUGACACGUCAGAGGUGAGGCCCCGCCCCCUCAGAGCGUUCAGCAGUCCAAAACAUUGACGCUGUGGCAGAUGUUCCAGAUGUUUCUGUGACUGACGAUGAGGAAGAGCGCUGCCUGAACUGUUUGGCGUUAUUUUAGUGAGAGAAGCGUUUUAUUUUUCUAGCGGCGUGUUUGCCGAGGACUCGUGCCCAUUGAUCGUCUCACAGACUAAAUAUCAAUCUAAAUAAAUCCCAUAUUUAAUGAUUGCA